GGUGUGUGACUUCACGUGCAAGAGAAGGGUAGAAAUUGGAAACAAGGUAUGAUACGAUUCCAGAAGGGAACCCAGUAAGUGCUUCAAGCGAACACGUGGAUUCCCCUUGGACAGGGAAAUAAUCAUCAUGAUGCCGCAACAACGUCAUUAAUAUCAGUAGUAAUAUUUGACUGCAUCAUCUUCCAACAACUGCACACCUACAAAACAAAGGACACAUGGCAUUACCAUAAUAAUAGUUCACACUCUACCUGUGCCCCAGUUACUAGAUUCACCCUGUCACAACACGUUCUCUUUUCUAUUUUACUCUUUGUUCCCAUUUCCCAAGCCAGAACCAAGAACCAACUCUCUUAUUAUUACCAGCACUCUUGUGUCGUAUCUCUAUAUGCCACGAACAAACGCAGCUCCCAACAAGUACAACAACAUAUAAGAAAGAGAAGAGAACCCAGAAAUUUUGCAUUUUGGUUGUGUUUGGGUUUUCCUAAUAGAGGCCGCAGUGCCAAAGAUAGAAAAUAUCAAGAUUUGGCCCGUUCUUUCAUCCUCUUCUCUCUCCAAUUCUUUCUCAAACAGAAACCUCCACUCAAUGUAUUUCACCUGCUGCUAUCCCUUCCUCAACACCAGCCUGUGAAUCUUUGUUAUACUGAUAGCAGUUCAGGUUCUGGGGUUAUUGCCCAAUAGCCUCCAAAUUCAAAUAGUUGAUUAGAAAGAAUGGAUAUAUGUUACCACGCUCACAUCGAUCGCGAGAUAGAAUCGCUCAUAGAAAGAAUACAUCCUCCCAGGGUCUGCAUCGAUAAUGAUUCUUGCCGAGACUGCACUGUGGUGAAGCAGGUAGAUAGUGCAAACAGGAAGGGGAUAUUACUGGAGAUGGUGCAAGUGCUGACAGAUCUUGAUCUCAUCAUUUCCAAAUCAUACAUUUCCUCUGAUGGUGGAUGGUUUAUGGACGUGUUCCACGUGACUGAUGAAGCUGGCAAGAAGCUCACAGACGAAACGCUCAUGCUCCACAUCCAGCAGGAACUGUGCGUGACAAGAAGUAAAGGAAAGAUUUUAAAGGAUAGAGAAGGGGGUAGUGAGAAAGGAGAAGAGGAAGAAGUGGUGGGAAGGGAGAUAACAGCGAUGGAGAUGAGUGGGAUGGACCGAGCGGGCCUACUAUCAGAGCUAGCAGGGGUGUUGGUUGAGCUGGGCUGCGUCGUUACCGCUGCAACUGCAUGGACCCACAACGACAGGGUGGCCUGUAUAAUAUUGGUGGAAGACGCGUUGAAAGCUGGGCCCAUAAGCGACCCAAAACGGUUGGGCCUAGUGGAGGAGCAGCUGGAGAAUGUGGUGGCGGCCCAUAGGGGAGAGAGGAAGAGGGUGAGGGUGACGAGGUUGGGGGCGGGGCACACCCACAGGGAGCGGAGGCUCCACCAGCUGAUGUACGCGGACAGGGAUUACGAGAGUUGCCGCGCGUGUGACGGAGACAGCAGCGGGGAACACAAGAAAGGCUGUGAUGGGACCCACGUGUCUGUCGGGAAAUGCGAGGACAAAGGGUACUUGGUGGUUAACGUGAGGAGCAGGGACCGGCCUAAGCUGUUGUUCGACACCGUGUGCGUGUUAACGGACAUGCAGUAUGUGGUGUUCCACGCCGCCAUCAGUUCCAAGAGAUCCAUGGCUCAUCAGGAGUACUACAUAAGGCAGAUGGGUAGUUCAGUUAUUCCCAGCGAAAGCGAGAAGCAAAAACUGGCCUUGUGCUUAAUCGCUGCAGUGGAGCGCAGAGUGUCGCAUGGAUUGAGAGUGGAUAUUGUAACUGAAAACAGGGUGGGGCUACUGUCGAAUGUGACGCGGGUGUUUCGUGAAAAUGGGUUAUCCGUAUCGAGGGUUGAGAUCGGAACGGAGGGAGGAAAAGCGGUAGGAUCAUUCUUUGUGACAGAUUGUUCAGGAGAAGAAGUGAACCCAAAUAUCGUGGAAUUGGUGAGACGAGAGACGGGUGGAUCCGUGGUUAUUGAUCACAAGUCGCCCCAUAGGCUACAUCAAUCAUCUUCAUCCUCAUCCUCUUCCUCCUCUUCGGUUAUACACCAAACCAACGACACAGUGGAAGCCAAGCCAAAAUUAUCACUCGGAAGCUUGUUGUGGUCUCGAUUAGAACGCCUUUCCGGCGGUUUCGGCCCCGUUAAUUAGAUCGUCACAAUCUUAACCCCCCUCAAUUAUUUCCUCUACUUUUAUCAAUGUCGCUCCUAAAUAGCUCUGUACAUAGUUUUUUUUUAAUUUACCUUUUUAAUUUUACUCUGAAAUAGUGAGCAGCUGGCUACAUUGUAAGCUUGCGUUUUGAUUUGA